UACAGCUAGGUUACCAGUGAAAUUCCAUCAGACAUGGCGGACGAAGCUGUUGCCAAGGCUGGCUUGCACUUCGAUGAACUGAAUAAAAUCAGGGUUUUAGAGCCCGAAAUUCACCAACAAACGUCAGAGUUAAAAGAGGAAUGUAAAGAGUUUGUAGACAAAAUUGAUGGCUUUCAGUCGAUUGUUGGAGGGCUCAUUGAGAUGGUGGAUUCACUAGCAAAGGAAGUCGAGCAAGAGAAAAUGAAGGCAAUUGGUUCGCGUAACUUGUUGAAGUCCAUAUCUAAACAGAGGGAAGCACAGCAACAGCAAUUACAAGCUCUCAUAGCGGAGAAAAAGACACAGCUGGAGAGAUAUCGGAUACAGGCUGCUGGUCUACAGAAGGAAGAAGCUGAACAGAAUGAAUUCAUCGAGCAAUUCAUCUUGCAGAAAUGAUCAAUAGCAGAUUUUACCUUUUAACCUUAACUCCUUGGGCAUUUCUACCUGGAAGCUUCUUGAAUAAGCUGCACCCAAUGCUGGCCAUAUGGCACAUUUUCUGCAGUGCCCUUGCAGCACAUUUUUAAGACCCUUCCAGUUUUUUUCAGUCUACGAUGACUAAUCUCUCGUGUAAUACAUCUGUUGGUAGAGCACCGUAAGGGUAAUCUUGAGGGCGUAGGUUCAAACCCCGCUCCAGUCAAUUUCUUUGUUCAACUAUAAAAAUAUCAAUAUUAGGUUUUGCCCUUCACCGCCGUAUAAACACUGUAUACUCAGUGUGUACCUCCCGAGUAAAAGUUGGAAAAAAUCACUCGGGUGGGACUCGAACCCACAAACUCCUGCUUUCUAGUGCAGAUGUCUUACCACUCGACCACCGAGCUAACGGGAUCGGUUGGCUGUUUCGAAUCUGAUGUACAUGUAACAGCGGGUACCUCAUUUAAAAAAAAAUAUCUUUAAUAAGAAUUUGAUCAUUGUUGCACAUGUACUCGUUUUCCUGUAUGUGUAUUGAAAUUGUUUACUAUUAGUUAUAAAACUCUCCCCUACAGCUGGAAAGCAAAGAAUAAUCUAGUGUUUUAAAUCAGCUUAUUGCAAUACUGUUGUUCAUCACCGAAAUCCAUUUUUCUUUCUCAUGAAUUGAGUCAAUGGUAGAUGUAAACAAAACUUUGUAAAUUGUAAAUAUUGUUUUUAAUGUUGUGCAAGUUGUAAAUUAUAUAAAUAUGUACAACACAAAUAGGAAUACACAUGUAAAUAUAAUCCAUUUGAAAAAAAAACAUUUAUACUGGUAUUUACUACGACAAAAACAAAGUGAUUAAUGGAGCCAUGAUCUGUUUUCUGAUAUUCAUUUGGAUUUUGUACGGAAGUCCUACUUUAUCCUUUCAUCCUUUUAGUUAAUCCUUUAAUCGUGACCGUAUGACUAUCAACUUGGUUUCCGCAAAGGUUCAGUUAAACAUCUGUCAAUUACUACGUUACACAAACUCUGCGAUGGCCUGUUAAAAUCAUGUACAGUGCAUUUAUGUACGUGUAUUUCACAAAAAAACUGUUAUUUUGUGUUCAAAUCUUUGACUCCCAGUUUGUCUUCACUUAUUUGCUGUGACAAAGACAUAUUUUUUUAAGAGCUGUUAUUGCUGUUUUCAUUUGUGCGUGGUUGUUUCAAAGUUACUCUUCCCGUGAUCUCAACAGAUUCGAUUAUUUUUUUUAUUCUCAACGAAUUGCUAAUUUGCUUGUUUUAUUUUUACUACAACUAUUUUAUUUUGGGCGUCUGCAAUCCUCUUAACGUGUUUAUUUUGGCUCACUUUUGCGCUUCUAAUGUAGAAAAACAUGCCUAGAAUUAUUGUCCGGUCGCAAAUACAUGUAGUUGGAUAUUUUACAAAAUUCCAGCGUUUUAUUUCUUGUGAGGUUGUUUUGGGGCUUUUUGCCUGAUUUUACAUCUUUUUCCCUGUUUUUGCACAAGUUUCCUGUUUUUUUUCUUCAUUUAAAUUCAUGCUCAUGCCUGCUCCCAACUAUUAACGUUUACGGAAUUUUUUUCAUUCGCUGUCUCGUUCAAGAGUGCAUAAUUGUUAAAUUGUUUGAAAAUAAAACUAUAGCAUUUCUUUAAAUUUA